AUGCAUAACUUAAGCUAUGCGAGCGAAGAGGACACUUACACAGACACUGAUUUUACACCCUCUGGGAAUUCUACAAAUUCUACGAGCUAUUCUCCGGCCACCAUUAUAGGGCUCGCGGGGCUGGUGAGCUUCCUCAUCUUGUUUACAAUAGUGGGGAAUGUGCUGGUCGUUAUCGCCGUUUUAACGAGCAGAGCACUCAAGCCACCACAAAACCUUUUUCUCGUGUCUCUGGCCAGCGCGGACAUUCUGGUGGCCACACUUAUAAUCCCCUUCUCCCUGGCCAAUGAAUUAAUGGGCUACUGGUUUUUUGGGGAAGUUUGGUGUAAUAUCUAUCUCGCUCUAGAUGUUCUUUUCUGCACGUCUUCUAUUGUUCACCUGUGUGCCAUAAGUCUGGACAGGUACUGGUCUGUGACACAGGCGGUCGAGUAUAACUUAAAAAGGACGCCUCGCAGGGUUAAGGGGAUGAUUGUGGUGGUGUGGUUGAUUUCGGCUGUGAUCUCCUUCCCACCGCUCAUCUCCAUGGAUCGGAAUACAGUUGAUGAGAGGAGACCAAUGUGCCAGCUGAAUGACCACACAUGGUACAUCUUGUACUCCAGCAUUGGGUCAUUCUUUGCCCCGUGUGUCAUUAUGAUCCUCGUUUACAUCCGAAUCUAUCAGGUGGCUAAAACAAGAACCCGAAAUAUGUCUGAAAAGCGGCGGGAUCCUGAUGGUGGCUCAGGAACGCCACGCUUGGAGAACGGCUUAAGCCGUGAGGAUUCUAGACGGGAAAAUGGCCACUGUUCCUCAUCGCCAGGCGAACGCAAACCAGCCGAGGAUAACCCAGACGCUGACCUCGAGGACAGCAGCUCGUCCGACGAGAAGGCCAAGCGGUCACAAAAUGAGACGGCCCCAUCGAAAAAAGACCGCAGAUCCAGCCGCAAGAACAGCUCCAGCUCCAAACACUCCAGCCGAAAGUCCCGAGCCAGCAGCAAAUCCCUGGACUUGUUUUCAUCUCGCAGAAAGAGGAGAAACACCAUUUCCAGGAAAAAAAUAUCCCAGGCACGCGAGAAGCGGUUCACCUUUGUGCUGGCCGUGGUCAUGGGCGUUUUUGUGGUCUGCUGGUUUCCCUUCUUCUUCAGCUACAGCCUGUAUGGGAUCUGCCGGGAGCCUUGCGCCAUCCCUGACCCCCUUUUCAAGUUUUUCUUCUGGAUCGGUUACUGCAACAGCUCCCUCAACCCCGUCAUCUACACCAUCUUCAACCAGGACUUCCGGCGAGCUUUUCAAAAGAUCCUGUGCAAGUCCUGGAAAAGGUCUUUCUAG